AUGAUAAAAUUAGACACAUCGUACAGUUUAGGUUCUAUUAUUGAGUCUAAUUUCUUGGGGAUUUCAAAUGAUGCAGAACCCGAUAAUGUUAUUGUAACAUUAUCGAAGAACAUGGUUACUUGUUUUCACAUGCCAAGUCAAAAUCAGGUGCAUUGUUGGAGUAGUUCCGAUAAAUUGUCUUCUGCAGUGAUAUUCGACCCAUUAACUAAUUGUUAUUAUGGCGUUUUUAAUUAUACCAGAAUUGGCAAAUGGUUACGGACGUCAUCAAUGAUGAAAGAUAUGAAGAAAUUUAAUUUCACCUCAAAAAUUAUAAAACUUUUAACCCGAUUAGAUUAUAAAGGAGCAGUUGCAGUUUUUGAAAAUGGAUAUUGUGAAUGCUUAAAAGAAGCAAUUGGUAAUAGAAAAAAAAUCAGAGAUGCUGUCAUUAACAAUGGCGAAACAAUUGAGUUAGCUAAAUUAUGUUUAUUUAGGACAAAAGCUAUAUGUAUUAUUGUAUCUGUUGAUAACAAGAAUAUAAAAACAUUACGGUCUGUGCCAUUAGAAGAUACUUUUUUGCCAAUUAAUUUACAAAUAUCUUUCAAAAAUAAAACAGAUAAAUUACUUGGUUAUUGCAUUAGAGAAAAUUCUGAAUCACUUAAUGUCGUAACGUUUUGGUCUAAUGGUUACCUGUAUUCUAACGAGUUGUACACCGAAUCCAACAGCAAUGAUUUUCCUGGUAAACAGUUGACAGAAAUUACUUUAGUUAAUUUAAAAAAGCAAGUAACUUUAAUUCAAUUAAGUUCAGAUUGUAUUGGUCUUUAUGGCGCAGAACCAAAAGGCGAUGGAGCAGCUUUAGUAGUAUAUAAUUUUCAUUACAAUAUGGUAGUUGCUGUACAACAUUUUAAAGUCUAUACCAACCCUCCAAAUUUAUGGUGUUUUGGAAAUCAUUUACUUUUAGUAACAGGCCAAAACUUAGCAGUGAUUCCUUUUACAUGUGAACGAAAUAACUUAUCCCUGUUAAUGGAUAAUAAUUUAAUAAAAAUAAAUGAUAAAUUUGAAGAAAUUGAAUGGGAUUCUUAUGCAAAACAAAAAUGUGUAGAUACUAUUUCAGCUUCAGCUUUAACCCAAUCAAAAUUAAAUGAAAUGAUUAUUACUGACCAUAUUAAAAACAAAAAGGAUAAAUCAUUGAUUCGGUUACUGAUGGAUAACAACGAUAUUAGUGAUACUUCCUUAGUUGAAAUAUUGUCAUAUUGCAGUAAUAACACUACAAAACAUUCAAAUCUUUUGUCAAAAUUAUUUGCAUAUCCCCCUUUAAAUAAACCAUCUUGUUUACGGCGCCAAUUACCAUUUGAGAAUAUGCUUAUAAUUUUGAAUACUUUGUAUUCACUUAUGAAGGAGAAAUUGAUUGAAGAAAGAUUGGUUGAUUGGAUGACACUGAUGAUUGACUGUUCUUAUCAACAAUUAUUAUUGUCAAAUGAUCCUAAUGUACUUGAACUUAUUAUUAAAGUUCAAAAUGAUGUAAAUAGCAAAUGUGACUAUUUGGAAUCAGUAAAUAAUAUAAACAAUACAAUGCGUGUUAUAAAAAGUAAAAAUAUGAACAGUAAGAAACGAGAUGGACCUGUCAACAAUUUAUAUAAAAUUGAAACAAUUAAUUUAUAUUGAGUAAAUUUAUAUUUUAAAAAUAA